AUGGCAAAUGCAAGACGAAUUCUUAUCGUCGCAGGAUCUGACAGCUCAGGUGGCGCAGGCCUCGAGGCCGACCAAAAAGUCAUUGCGGCUCAUGGCUGUUAUGCUAUGACUGCAACUACAGCUUUGACCGCGCAAAACACUCAAGGCGUUACCGGUAUCCACGAAACACCAUCAGAAUUUGUGAAGAAAUGUAUCGACGCCUGCGCUGAAGAUGUUGGAAUUGAUGUAGUCAAGACUGGCAUGUUGGCCUCUGCGGGCACCAUUCAGGUUGUUGCAGACGCUUUGAGAAAGUACAAGCCCGCAUGCAGCAUUGUUGAUCCGGUCAUGGUCGCGACGAGUGGAGCAAGGCUUCUCAAGGAGGAUGCUAUCAAAACACUCUGCGCAGAACUCCUGCCUGUUACAGGCCUAAUCACGCCCAAUAUUCCGGAAGCACUCCUGUUACUCGAAGAAUCUGGUAACGAGAUUGAUGAGAUCAAGGAUCUGGAAGGCAUGAAGCAAUUGGCGAAGGCUGUUGCUGACUUGGGUCCCAAGAGUGUGCUGAUUAAAGGUGGACACAUCCCUUUGAAGAAGAACUAUGAGGUUGCUACCACCGACGAUGAGAAACAGGUAUUGGUCAACGUGCUCUACACGGACGGAAACUUCUGUGUCUUCGAGUCAAAGUACCAAGUUGCAAGAAACACUCACGGCACGGGAUGCUCGCUUGCUUCUGCAAUUGCCUGCAACGUCGCAAAUGGCCUUAGCAUGGAACGAGCAGUACGUGCUGCUGGUCGCUAUGUCGAGGCUGGCAUCAAGACCAGUGUCGAUCUUGGUAAAGGCGCUGGUCCAAUCAACCACUUUCAUUCACUCAACGUCAUGCCAUUCCCACCCGGCGGCUUCGUGGACUGGUUGUUAGAGCGUGCGGAUGUUCAGCAAGUCUGGAAGGAGUUCACACAGCACGAUUUUGUUGAGAAGAUGGGCGAUGGUACGCUGCCCGUAGAGAGAUUCAAGUUCUACAUGGUCCAAGACUACCUCUAUUUGACGCAAUUUGCUAGAGCAAAUGCACUCGCCGGCUACAAAGCAAAGACCCUGGAGGGUGUUGCGGCAUCCGCCAGUAUCGUCACGCAUAUCCAUACCGAGACCAAGCUCCACGUAUCCGAAUGUCUCGAGCUAGGCGUCACAAUGGACGAAUUACGCAACUCAGAGGAGCAUCAAGCCUGCACAGCAUACAGCAGAUACAUCCUCGACAUUGGUGCAUCAGAAGACUGGCUUGCCCUCCAGAUAGCAAUGUUCCCCUGUCUUCUCGGCUACCACCACAUUGCUAAGCGUCUCUCGUUGCUCCAAGAUCCCUCUGCGCCUAAGAAUGCAAAUCGCUAUCGUCAGUGGAUUGACAACUACAUUGCUGACGACUACACUCAAGCUGUUGGCAAGGGCACUGAAUUGGUCGAGGGACAUAUCUUCAAACAAUCUCCCUCCAGGAUUGAAGAGUUGGUCCAGAUUUUCAUCCACGCAACCAAGAUGGAGUGUGGAUUUUGGGACAUGGGAAUGGGUGCCUAA